CGCUUUAACCCUUCCCUCGCCGCUGUUCUCCCCUCUCUCUCCGCGUCUUGCAUGCGAGGGUCAUGAGUUCCUACUUCGUCAACCCGCUCUUCUCCAAGUACAAAGGCGGCGAGUCCCUGGAGCCGACCUACUACGACUGCCGCUUCCCGCAGAGCGUGGGCCGCGGCCCCGCCGCCGUGCUCUACGGCCCGGGCGGGGCGGCCCCGGCCUUCCAGCACCCGUCGCACCACGUCCAGGAGUUCUUCCACCACGGCGCCUCGGGCAUCUCGGGCUCCUCGGGCUACCAGCAGAACGCGCCCUGCGCGCUGGCGUGCCACGGCGAUGCCUCCAAGUUUUACGGCUACGAGGCGCUGCCGCGGCAGGCGCUCUACGGCGCGCAGCAGGACGCGCCCGCGGUGCCCUACGCGGACUGUAAAUCCUCGGCCGGCGGCGGCGGCGGCGGCGGCGGCGGCGCCGAGGGGCAGGGGGGGCACCUGAGCCAGAGCUCCUCGCCCAGCCUCAUGUUCCCCUGGAUGAGGCCGCACGCGCCGGGCAGACGCAGCGGCCGCCAGACCUACAGCCGCUACCAGACGCUGGAGCUGGAGAAGGAAUUCCUGUUCAACCCCUACCUGACCCGCAAGCGGCGCAUCGAGGUCUCGCACGCGCUGGGACUCAGCGAGCGCCAGGUGAAAAUCUGGUUCCAGAACCGCCGCAUGAAGUGGAAAAAGGAGAACAACAAGGACAAACUGCCCGGCGCCGCCCGCGGCGACGAGGAGAAAGCGGAGGAAGAAGGGAACGAGGAAGAGGAGAAGGAGGAGGAGGAGAAGGAGGAGAGCAAGGAGUGAGCGGCGCGGGGUUUAUGGCCGCCGGGCAAUCGGGCGGCUUUACGACGGUCAUUCGCUUUUAUGGAGUUUCCAGCGGAGAGGCUCGCGCAGCGGGAACUA